CAUCUGUUUACCAUCGAAGUUAAAAUUAUUUUCCGAAAUUUUUUCUCAUAAAUGAUAACGCUGUAUCUGUGUCUCUAUGCUACGAGCAAUGUCGGAGGUUAAUGUUAAAGCAGGCAUUGAGUGCAUAUUGAAACGCAUCGAAGAGGCAUAUGCUCGUCGACCCGUGGAGCAUGUGAAAAUGGCUAAGCCACUGCUGGUAGCCGUCAGCAAAACAAAGCCGGUUGAAAUGAUAAUUGAAGCGUAUACGGCUGGUCAACGUCAUUUCGGUGAGAACUACGUGCAAGAGCUGGUGGAAAAGGCACAGCAUCCUGACAUUUUGCAACAUUGUCCGGAAAUCAAAUGGCAUUUUAUUGGUCAUCUGCAAAAUAAUAAAAUUAAUAAAAUACUAAAACUUCCAAAUCUGUACAUGAUUCAAACUGUCGAUAGCGAAAAGCUUGCCACUGGUUUAGAUUCUGCGUGGGGGAAAAUACAAGGUGAUGAUAAAACCCCUCUAUCUGUUCUUAUACAAGUCAAUACAAGUGGUGAAGAAGCAAAGAACGGCGUGCAACCCAGUGAGACCCCUGCGCUUUUCAAAUAUAUCCAUAAUAAUUUAAAAAACCUUAAAUUAGAAGGUCUUAUGACCAUUGGAGCAUUUGGCUUUGACUAUACGAGUGGUCCAAAUCCAGAUUUUAUCUCAUUGAUGAAUGUGCAUCGCCUAAUUUUCGAAGAAAAUGCCCUUGAACCACAUGCCGUGCAAGUAUCAAUGGGAAUGUCGGAUGAUUUUGAAAAAGCGAUCGAAGCAGGCAGUACCAUUGUUCGUGUUGGGAGUGCUAUAUUCGGCUUCCGGCCAAAGAAAACCGCCUAAUUUGAAUGAAG